CCCGCGCCGCCGCCGGCCGUGAAAAGCGCGCGCCAGCCGGCGCCGGCAACAGUCGCCGCCUGACCCCCGAGAGCACUCCGCGCGAGGCCAGCAUCGCAACCGUCGCCUAGCAACCAGCAGUCAACAUGCCGGCACGAAACAAGGAACAGGAAGCAGAGGUCCUGCAGUGGAUAGAAGACGUCCUGGGCGAGAAGCUGCCCCCUCAGCCCUAUGAGGACGUGCUGCGAGACGGAGUCGUCCUCUGCAAGCUCAUCAACAAGAUCGCGCCCAACUCCGUCAAGAAAAUACAGCCUAAGGGGACCAACUUCCAGCUCAUGGAGAAUGUUCAGAGGUUCCAAGACGCUAUCCGCAAGUAUGGUGUGCCCGAUGAGGAGAUCUUCCAGACAGCUGAUCUGUUUGAGAGGCGCAACAUCCCUCAGGUGACGCUGUGUCUCUACGCCCUUGGCAGAAUUACGCAGAAGCACCCCGAGUACACGGGCCCGAGGUUGGGGCCCAAGAUGGCGGAGGAGCACAAGCGCGAGUUCACCGAAGAACAGCUGCGCGCGCACGAGGCGCACCUCAACCUGCAAAUGGGCUACAACAAGGGCGCCUCGCAGGCCGGGCUCGGCUCCUUCGGCAACACGAGGCACAUGUAGGCAGGCGCUGGCUGCCCUGCGCCUGCUGAGUGCGCCGGCUGCACCGCAACACACCUGCUGCAAGCCCGCUCUAGGAGCAAACUGACGUGCCAGAGCCGACGCUACCGCCAACACACACCAAAACACACACACACACACACACACUUUUAACUCAACAACAAUCAAGUUACACGUCAGUCUAUUCUUAAAAAAACUUUGCAUUCUUUGUUAAAUCAAGCAGAGAACACAGUAAAUAUCUACAAAAGUUGUGCAGUAUCGGUGUGAGCUAUGCGAGACAAUAAAUGUUGUAUGUGCCAGGUGAUGGUUACUGUACUUUAGAUGCAUUCAUUACACCAACAUGCGGUAUUCACACAUACGUCUCGAAUUCGCUUCCUAUACCCCGGGGAAAAAGAUGGGGAAGCAUUUCUAUGACGUCUAAAAUACAGUAACCGCCACCGUUCAGGACUGAAACUUCUUUACUCUUCACAGAAUUUCAUAUCAAAAUAACUUUAAUUCUUAGAAACGGUAGUUUAAGUAAUUUUUGCGUAUUUGUGUGUACUUAACACGUGUACACCACGUUUUGUAUUUUAACUUAGGACUUAAAUGUACUUACAAUGAAAAAAGUAACACAGGAAAGAAAUUUCUGCAACACUGUAUUUUGUGCUCUAAUGACUGUCUUGUACUAUAAUUAGGUCACUCACUCUUUAUUUACAGUACGCUAAGGAUAUUAAAUAUUUAGAUGAGUCACCAUAUCCCUUUUUAGAUGUGUUGUGUUUAUUAAUAAUAUAACAAGCAAUAUGCAACGCAGUUAACAGGCAGUACCGUCAUCUGUUAGCAAGUCACCAUACCUAUGUGUAGAGGAUUCAUCCAGUUACCAGAAAGUAGUCUAUUUGUUGAAUAAAUACUUAACACGUACUAUGUUUUGCACAAAUUGUGAUGGAAGCAAGAGAAACAUACAUGAAUUGCAGUAAGAGACUCCCAGAUUUGGUUAAACAUUAAAGUCCUUUUGUAUAAA